CGCAAAGACUAUCGGAUGAGCGGGACUCAAGGAAUGGCUCCAAAAAGAGAACCCUCCAUUAAGAAGUGUCCCUCACCAGUGACCCAACCCAGACUUGGUCCUCCUUACCCCUGCCUGCCUUCAGCUCCUGCAGCUCCAAAACCGGAGCAAAAGCCUAGGAUGCUGCGUCCCUCUGAUUCACCGUUUGAUCCUAGCUCUUUGGAGUCUGACUUCUCAGAAGAUCAAAUCCUCGAGUUUAAGGAGGCAUUCCUGCUGUUCGACAGGACAGGAGAUGGGAAGAUCAGCUACAGCCAGUGUGGGGACGUCAUGCGGGCCCUGGGACAAAAUCCUGUCAACGCCGAGGUGCUCAAAGUCCUGGGCAACCCCAAGGCUGACGAGAUGAACAUCAAGACGCUAGACUUUGAGCAGUUCUUGCCCAUGUUCCAGGCCAUCGCUAAGAAUAAAGAUCAGGGGACAAUGGAGGAUUUUGUGGAGGGACUGCGUGUCUUUGACAAGGAGGGCAAUGGCACAGUAAUGGGAGCAGAACUACGUCAUGUCCUCACCACGCUAGGUGAGAAAAUGACAGAGGAGGAAGUAGAGACACUCUUGGCAGGACACGAAGAUGCAAAUGGAUGCAUCAAUUAUGAAGCGUUUGUUCGUCACAUCAUGUCGGGCUGAGGGCCGAACUGGUCAGAAUGGUUAUGAGCGGGUGAAGACGAAGAGCAACCCACUUUUUUUUUUUCCCAUGUACCCUCUUUUUUUUCCAUUUAGCUUCUUUCCGUGAAUUAUUUCUCCAACUUUAAUUUAAGAAGUGCCUUUACAUUCCUCACAAAAGAUCCAGGUUUUGCUUCCAGGCCUUUUCCACCUGUGUGACCAACUUUUAUUCAUUUGGGUUUAUAUUACCUGCAGCAACACUUCAUCUUGUAAGAAAACAUAAACAGUAUGCAAUAAGUAAUGUUUGAUUUUAGAUAGGACCUUAAAGUAUAUAUAUAUAUAUACUGUCACCAACCUGCCAUGUCAUUGGCGAAGGCUUCCUACAGCUGAAUAACAAUGUUUGUGAUUGUACGGUAAACCAAUACAUUUAAAGCCAUGUUACCAUGAGGCAGAAAAAAACAUUUCAGAUUUGUUUCUAUGUUUUGAAAUCAACCAAAUUUUGUUGCUGCAUUUAAAUAAAUUUUUCCUGAAAACCUG